UGCGCGGCGCCUGUGUAUGACGUCAUUGGCGGACUGUAAUGGCCGAUGUGUCUGAGGUAGCGCGCGACACCAUGAAGUCUUUCCAGUCAGGUUAUGAGAAGAUCGACCGCGAGCGCAGCCGUUACCCUCUGUGUGUGGUGUGGACCCCCAUCCCGGGCCUCACAUGGUUCCUGCCGUUUAUUGGUCACAUGGGUAUCUGCACCUCUACAGGAGUGAUCCGAGACUUUGCAGGCCCGUACUUCGUCUCUGAAGAUAACAUGGCGUUUGGAAAACCCACAAAGUACUGGAAGCUGGAUAAGAGUAAAGUGUACGGUGGAGGUGUGAGCGCGUGGGACUCUGCAGUACACGACGCCUCGGAGGAGUACAAACACAGAAUGCACAACCUUUGUUGUGACAAUUGUCACUCUCACGUUGCCAUGGCGCUGAAUUUGAUGCGUUAUGACAACAGCACGUCCUGGAACAUGGUCAAGCUGUGUGUCUUGUGCUUCAUCUACAGCAAGCAUGUCAGCUUCCUGGGUUUCCUGAAGACGUGGCUGCCGUUCCUGAUGAUCUGCGGCGUCGUCGUCACCGUCACACUCGCCUUCAGACUGGACCACGGCGUCUAACACCUUCACCUCAGAGACAUGGCUCACACUGAGCAACAGGGGGCGCUGCAGGGUAAACACACACACACAGACAGACAGUGGCACUGUGAGGGUGUGUGUGUGUGUGUGUGUGUGUGUGUGUGUGUACAGUUCAUAUUCAGGGGCUUCCACUGGGACAUCACUGUAUGAGACCCCGGCCGCGUCCCGAACUCCAGAACACACACCGCUGGACCCCAUCACAUACUGGGGUUUAGGACUUAGCCAGUCUGUGUGUGAUUUUAUUUCUUUAUGGUUUAUUUAAGUUGGUGUGUGUGUGUGUGUGUGUGUGUGUGUGUGUGUGUGUGUGUUCUGAGGGAUUGAAUUUUCUUUAAAUGUGUAACAGUCACGUCCCCUAAACAACAAAACAUUAACAUGUUCAUUAACCUGCUCUGGUUCUGAGAGGCCCUGUCCUCGGCCCGUCUCUACAGGGGUGUGUGUGUGUGUGUGUGUGUGUGUGUGUGUGUGUGUGUAUGAGAUGAUUAAUAAACACUGCUGAUAGAA